CAAAAUAGUUGUAGUGGUACAAAUCAGAUCAGAUGCUUCCUCCUAAGUGCUAGUUACAGUUGUGCCAAACCUACAUUACAAACACAGAGAGAGAGAGAGAAUGUGUUCCAUCAACAACACCUGUGGUUAGUCUCUCAUCAUCCUACACACCUUCAAACUCAAUCAAUCAAUUCCCCUUGCUUAUUAUUACUACAAACAUUCAUAUUCCAACUGCAACAACAAAAAGAUAACAACUUGUGCACUGAUGCUUUGCAAAUGGGAAAAUCUGAACCUCAGUUGCCUAUUCACAACCAGCAGGAGCAGAUUCAUCAUGUUGGAUCUUCUUUGUUUGAUCGGUUUUUGUUCGGAAUCCAUCGCUUGUUUAGUUUCAAGUGUGUGUUUGUUUUGCUCCUUAGUGUUUCUGUUAUCUUGACCGCCGUUUUUUCGGUUGUUCAUUUGCAUCAUAGACAAUCUGGAUUUGAUGCAAAGGCUGAGAUCAAGCAUAGUGCCACGGUACAGGCAUCCUUCAGAUUACAAAAGCGCGUUUCAUAUCUUCUUCCUCGGAUCGCAAGACUACAGUAUGAUAUUUACUCAGAGAUAGGUCUUCCUUACACACAGGUUGCUAUCUUAUCCAUGCACAAAGCCAGUGUUUCUAACUGGACCCAUGUGGUAUUUGGUGUUCUUCCUAAUCCAAUGAAUUCUACAAUAAGUCCAAUGUCUUUAAGUGUAUUGAGAUCAUCUUUACUAGAUUUGUUCAAUCGACGGUACAAUUUGACCUUGACCCCAUCAAUUUUCGGUCAACCGUCUUCUUUUGAUACUCUAAAGUUUCCUGGUGGGAUAACUGUUAUCCCUGAGCAGUCUCCAUCUAUCUGGAUGCCAAGGCAAGCCCUUUUCAAUUUCACCCUCCCGAAUUCCGUGCGUGAAAUAGAAGAAAAGUUCGGUGAGCUCAAGGAACAGCUAAAGUCUGGGUUGCACCUAAAGCCUUAUGAGAGUGUAUAUAUGCAAGUAACCAACAAAGCCGGUUCAACAAGAGACGCGCCAGUUACAGUUCAAGCAUCAAUCGUGUCAGAUUUUGGUAACCUUGUGCCUCUAAGAUUGAAGCAACUGGCUGAAACGAUAACAGGAUCCCCCUCUGCAACAAAUCUAGGACUAGAUAACUCGGUUUUUGGUAAAGUUAAGGAAAUCAGUCUAUCUUCUUAUCUGUAUCAUACCCUUGAUGCACCUACCCCUUCUCCUGCUCCAUCUCCUGAUUUUGCGGGGCCACCUAUCUCCCCCUCGCCAGCGUUUUCGCCACCUCAGCACGCACCACCCUCGUCACAUUGUUCUAAUUGUGUGUUUUCUUCACCAGCCCCCCAAAACGGGCCUGACCCGUCUUUACCACCUCUUCCAAAUGCCCCGCCACCUUUAGCGGACCAUUCUUGUGACGGGUUUAAAGUCUUGCCUCGGCCGCCACGUAAGCAUGUGCCACAUCAUCAUUCUAAAAGUCCUCCACCAAAGUAUGAAGAGUUAGAAAUGCCUCCAGUUCUUCCUCCUCUACCAGUUGUGUCCUAUGGCUCGCGUGUUGAUCAAGUAAAGGAGGUUCAAAAGGUUGCAGCAUCGCCACAAGUUUCGGUUUCGCCAUUAGUAUCAUCUUCAGCAACAUGUUUCAAUCACCUAACAUGGGCUCUAUUCUUCUUCUUUACACUUGUGACACUCCAAACCAUAUAGCAUGCAGAUUCACUGACACACACACACACACAAACGUCGAUACACAUACAUUGUACAUGAACCAAAAGGUCAAAGCCAAACAGUGGCAGGCCUCUUUCUCUUCCACGUUGUGAGGAAUGAUUUCCGAAGGGAAUCGAUCCUUAAGAUGGAGGCUAAUCGAGAAGUUUUACGUGUCCAUCACAACAAAAGGUGUAACUUAUGUUUUGGUUGUUUUCUGAUGUAAAAAAGAAACAUGAUCACAACUUUAUUGUUUAGAAACCAUUGUGGAAAAGUGAGAUGCCUCCCUUGUUAUAUGAUAAUAUUACUUAACAUUUUGCACUAA